AUGGCAGAGAUACUAAAUUAUACCGAACUUAGUGAAAUAGAUGCAAAAAUAAGCAUAUCCAGAAACUAUUUCCAGCAGAAUCGUAAAGAGCUUGCCAAUCAGAAAAAUGUUAGGUCUGCUGAUAAUAAACAGCGUCAAUUCUGGUUGAAGAAGUUGUAUUGGAGUGUGAAAGAUCAUGAAGAGCAAAUUUUAGAGGCAUUGGAAAAGGACUUUCACAGAUCACGUCAAGAAAGUAUCUCUUUGGAGUACGUUAAGCUACUCGGUGAUAUCCUUCAUUUAAUUGAAGGUAUUCCAAAAUGGAACAAACCAAAAAAAGUUAGAGAUAACUCAGCACCCUUUAUGUUUGGUAACAUCAAUAUUGAAAAGAUAUCUAGAGGUAACGUGUUGGUUAUUUCUCCAUUCAAUUUUCCUGUUUUGUUAGCUUUGGCACCGGUAGCAUGUGCGUUAUCGGCUGGUAACACUGUCAUUUUAAAACCGAGUGAAAUGACUCCUCACUGUGCGUUGGUAUUGGAAGAUAUUGUCAAAUCAUGUCAGCUACCAGAAGGGGUUCUACAGAUUGUGCAGGGUGGUGUUGAACAGACUACCAAACUGAUUAAUUCAGAAUCAUUAGACAUGAUUUUCUAUACCGGUUCUCCUCGCGUUGGUUCCAUUGUAGCUCAGGCUGCUGCAAAAAAUCUAGUUCCAUGCGUUUUGGAACUGGGAGGAAAAUCGCCCACCUUCAUAACUGGAUCAUUACAGAAGAAGAACUUAGAAACAGCAUUGAAGCGUAUAUUUUUUGGUGCAUUUGGUAAUGCUGGCCAAAUUUGUGUAUCUCCGGAUUAUUUACUGGUUCAUGAAUCAAUAUACGAUGAUGUUGUGAAGGAAAGUGGUAAAGUGAUGAAAGAGUUAUACCCUGACUUAAAUGAACACACAGAGUAUACACAUAUGAUUCACAAAGCUUCAUAUGAUAAAACUUUGGAAAAACUACAGAAAACCAAAGGUAGAAAGGUUUCAGCAGCCGAUGUCAAAAUAGAUAAUACAUCCGGUAAGCUUAUGAUUCCUCCAACUAUUGUUUUUGAUUCUGAUUGGGACGAUGCACUAAUGGAAGAAGAAAACUUUGCUCCGGUUCUACCGGUUAUUAAAUACACUGAUAUCGAUGCCACAAUAGACAAAAUCUUAAGCAAGCAUGACACACCAUUGGUACAAUAUAUUUUUUCAGAAAAACAAAAAGAGAUAGACCAUAUUUUGGCAAGAUUAAGGUCUGGUGACUGUAUUAUCUGUGAUACUACAAUUCACGUUGGGAUCAAAGAUGCUCCGUUUGGUGGUAUCGGACAAUCGGGCUAUGGUAAUUAUGGUGGUGUCUAUGGGUUUGACGCAUUUAGUCACGAAAGAAUUGUCCUAAAACAGCCAUUUUGGGUCGAUUUCUUACUCAAGUUAAGAUAUCCACCAUUUACAGCAAAGAAGGUCAAACUAUUGAAACUAGCUACUGAAAGACAACCAUGGUUUGAUCGGGAAGGGAAUGAUCACAGAUCCUAUAAACUGAUUGCCAUGUUUUCUGUUACCUGUGCACUUCUUGCGGUUGGUGUGAAAUCUUUUUUUGUAUAA